AUGCCGCUUUCCACCCCACUGUCGGCGGCCCUACCUCCGCUGAUAAUGGGCACAGCAACCUUCAACUCGCAAUACAACGCAGAUCCCUUCGCCCUCCCAACAACAGAGCUCGUCCAGCGCGCCCUCAAGCGCGGAAUCCGCGCAUUCGAUACAUCCCCCUAUUACGGCCCCGCCGAAGAACUCCUCGGCCGCGCCCUCGCAUCCGACUUCGUGCAAUCCCACUUCCCGCGCGAAUCCUACCACAUUCUCACUAAAGUCGGCCGUAUCGCUUCCUCUACAUUCGAUUACUCCCCAUCAUGGAUCAGACAUAGUGUACGUCGCAGUCUGCAUCGUCUACACACUUCCUACUUGGACGUUGUCUACUGCCACGAUGUGGAAUUCGUCUCUCCCGCUGAAGUCCUGAUUGCUGUCCGGGAACUGCGCCGCCUCCGCGAUGAAGAGGGUUUGCUGCGCUAUGUCGGUAUCUCGGGAUACCCUGUCGAUGUCCUUAGCGAUCUUGCCGAAAUGAUCCUCCGGGAAACGGGUGAACCGCUCGAUAUCGUUAUGUCGUACGCGAAUUAUACUCUCCAGAAUACCCGGCUGCGAUCGCUCGCGCUGCCUCGUCUUCUUGCUGCGGGGGUGGAUGUCGUGCCGAAUGCUUCCCCGCUAGGUAUGGGUCUGCUUCGUCGUGAUGGUGUCCCGAUCGGAUCCAUGGGCGACUUCCAUCCGGCGCCGAAUGCGCUGCGCAGUGCCAUCCGUGAUGCGGCGGAGUGUGCUGCGCGCCACGGUGAAAAAUUGGAAGUUGUGGCGAUUCGGUUUGCACUCGAGUCCUGGUUAAGAGCUGGAGCCAGGGCCGGUGCCCUUGGGGCGCCUCUGGCUAAGACGGCGGAUUCCGACCCGGGAUUCUUGUCGGUUGCUAAUAUGGGUAUUGGGAAGCGACUUGGUGUUAGUGUGAUGGGAGUCAGCAAUAUCGAAGAGCUAGAUGAGACGUUGCGCGUCUGGCAUAGUAUCGUGGAUGGACUGGAGAACUGGAAUGAAGAUGAGGAUGUGGAUGUGGAUGAGGAUAUUGAGAGCCGGAUCCAAUCUGCUAGCCCUUGUACACCCAGUCAGAAUGGGGUCACUGGUGCUGUACCUUCAUCUGCGACACAUGCGUCCAACAUCCUUACCCCCUCGGAGGGCCUUAUCACAGAUCGUGUGUGGUCUCGGGAGCGCGAGGUUUAUAUUUUGCAGCUGGCCAAGGAGAUCAGGGAUGUCCUGGGUCCUCAGUGGGUGGAUUAUGUGUGGGAAAGUCCGGGUCCCGGCUUCCAGAAUUAUCUGCCUGAGGAGCAUAUUGCUGCUUUACAGAGGAUUGUUGCAGAGGAGGCUGACGGGAAGGAAGUUCCUGCUGUUCAGGCCAGUGGGUUUGAAGGGGACGUCAUGCUUACACCACCGUUGGACGCAGACAAGCAGCUUGCUUAG